AUGUCGCAAUUAUCCGUUUCUUCCUCAGACGAUGAGCCUUUGAUCAUAGAGGCAACGCCGCUGACUCCGCCCUCAUCCACAGGAGCAGCCCUUCUUAGAGCAGCAGCCAAGCUGCAGACAUCCACACCCCCCCCCCCCCCCCAAGCGAGACAGUCAGCACAACCCGCGCAAGCCAGGCUGCAAUUGUACAAAUCUCCAACAACAAGGCAGCCAACGCGGCCUGCCAAGAUCACGUCCAGAGGCCCCAGUCGGCAGCACCCGCAGAUGAGCCGGCCGCAACCCUCCGCCAAGCCCGGUAACACGGUUUUCCGCCGGUUAGGCCCGCUGCCCAACGCGUCCGCAAGGAACUCGGGAACCUCCGCAGCCAACACCUCCACCACGCGACCAUCCUCCAGCCUUCGGCUUACGCGAAAUCCUUCUGGACCACCCCCCGCGGCAUUCAGCCCCCGGUCAACCGCACGCGUCCCUCACGCACUUCCUAAGCGUACGUCUCGCGCCUCACCACCGUCCACCCUAACGGACAGCCGAUCACGUCAGGCUCCAGCUGCCACAAGACAGCGCCCCGGGCAAAAGCCUCGACCCGCCACGCCCGUCCGCCCCGAGCGGAAACAUCACGCAUCAGUGCGAAGAAAGACUUUCGCUCCCCUGCUCUCCCCUCUCUCUCCAGCGCUCACGACAUCUGAAUGGCGUAGGUUCCUCAAAACCUGCAGCGCGCUCGGCACGCCUUCGGUCCUCUCCCCACUCCCGCCCACUCCUCCGAGGCCGCGACCAACGAGAGCGGUUCGCCCCUCCCCCAUCGUCGUGUCGGACGACUCUACCCCACCAUCAGAGGCCAGCACUGUCAUCCUGCCGCCUAGAACAGCCGUCCAACCAGCUAGACGUUUCGGAGACAUCACCCACAUGAUCGAGGUCCGGAGGACCAGAGACGUAGCCACCCAGACUACUGCCACCCAGCCAGCUAGGACCUCAGUCGCUACGACCACCGCCUCUACCCAAACCCCGGCGGCCUUUUUUUGGUCUCUCCUCCCCACCUGGGUAAGGCGCCAACUAGAGCACCUCAUCGCCCGCUCCCGUAGCAGGGCAAGGGACCACCAGAACAGCAGCUCCAUGUAG